AUGGAGCCCGAGAUGGAGCCGGAGACUCUGGAGGCGCGAAUCAACAGAGCCACGAACCCCCUGAACAAGGAGCUGAACUGGACCAGCAUCAACGGCUUCUGUGAGCAGCUCAACGAGGACUUGGAAGGGCCUCCACUUGCCACCCGACUGCUGGCGCACAAGAUCCAGUCCCCGCAGGAGUGGGAGGCCAUCCAGGCCUUGACGGUGAGGAGGAGGGACAGGGGCUGGCGGGGCCCUACCAGGCUCUUCUUGAGUUGUGACAGGGUGCUGGAAACCUGCAUGAAGAGCUGUGGCAAGAGGUUCCAUGAUGAGGUGGGCAAGUUCCGCUUCCUCAACGAGCUCAUCAAGGUCGUGUCUCCCAAGUACCUGGGCUCUCGGACGUCAGAGAAGGUGAAGAACAAGGUCUUGGAGCUGCUCUACAGCUGGACGGUCGGCCUGCCCGAGGAGGCGAAGAUCGCAGAGGCCUAUCAGAUGCUGAAGAAACAGGGGAUUGUGAAGGCUGACCCCAAGCUUCCAGACGAUGUCACCUUCCCUCUUCCUCCUCCACGGCCCAAGAAUGUGAUCUUUGAAGAUGAGGAGAAAUCCAAGAUGCUGGCCCGUCUACUGAAGAGCUCACACCCUGAGGACCUCCGAGCAGCCAACAAGCUGAUCAAAGAGAUGGUGCAGGAGGACCAGAAGCGGAUGGAGAAGAUCUCAAAGCGAGUGAACGCCAUUGAGGAGGUGAACAACAACGUGAAGCUGCUGACAGAGAUGGUCAUGAACCACAGCCAGGGCGGCUCGGCGUCGGGCAGCAGCGAGGACCUCAUGAAGGAACUGUACCAGCGCUGCGAACGGAUGCGGCCCACACUCUUCCGACUGGCCAGUGACACAGAGGACAACGACGAGGCCUUAGCGGAGAUUUUGCAGGCCAAUGACAACCUCACCAGAGUGAUCAACCUGUACAAGCAUCUGGUACAGGGCGAGGAGGUCAACGGUGAUGCUACCACUGGCCCCAUCCCAGGAAGCAGCUCAGCCCUGUUGGACCUCUCCGGCCUGGAUCUCCCUCAUGCCAGCACCACCUACCCAGCUGUGCCCAGCCGCCCUGGCAGCCAGACCAGCCCUGAUCGGCCCAGUGCCUCGGUUUCCCUGCUUGACGACGAGCUCAUGUCUCUGGGUCUAAGUGACCCCACACCCCCUUCAGGUCCAGGCUUGGACGGUGCCGGUUGGAACAGCUUCCAGUCAUCCGAUGAUGGUACUGAGCAGCCCCUGGGCCCCAGCCCCAGCACAGAUGUCCAGCCCCCUCUGCCAGCCAGCAGUGCUCUGGAUGACCUGGACCUCCUGGGGAAGACCCUCCUGCAGCAGUCACUGCCCCCCGAGUCCCAGCAAGUGCGGUGGGAGAAGCAGUCUCCAGCCCCCCGGCUCACUCUGCGGGACCUGCAGAACAAGAGCAGCUGCGGCCCCUCCAGCCCCAGAGCCACCAGCCUCCUCCACACUGUGUCCCCAGAGCCACCUGGGCCCCUACAACAGCCCACCCCGCCGUCGGAGCUCUCGCUGGCCAGCGUCACUGUGCCCCUGGAGUCCAUAAAGCCCAGCAGUAUCUUACCUGUGACCGUGUAUGACCAGCAUGGCUUCCGAGUCCUGUUCCACUUCGCCCGAGACCCGCUGCCAGGGCGCGCCGACGUACUGGUGGUGGUCGUGUCCAUGCUGAGCACCGCCCCCCAACCCAUCCGCAGCAUCGUCUUUCAGUCAGCGGUCCCCAAGGUCAUGAAAGUCAAGCUGCAGCCACCCUCAGGCACAGAGCUGCCAGCGUUUAAUCCCAUCGUCCACCCCACAGCCAUCACCCAGGUCCUGCUCCUUGCCAACCCUCAGAAGGAGAAGGCCCGCCUCCGCUACAAGCUCACCUUCACCAUGGGCGACCAGACCUACACCGAGAUGGGGGACGUGGACCAGUUUCCCCCACCCGAGACCUGGGGGAGCCUCUAG